ACAAAAGUUAAAUUUAUUUGAUAAAAUAUCAUUGAAUACGGACAAUACCGACAUGAAUGAACUAAUUGCCCCAAAAACUUUGUUUGUGAGUGGUUACACAGAAUCAACAUUUUCAGUUCCACCACACGAUUACUUGUAUUGGCUGUUUCUGACCAGAGAGCAAGCGGAAAAGUGGAAUCACCCCCUGUUCGCCCCAUCUUACCAAGGCUUCUUCCCUCCAAUUAUUAGCCAUAUGGCUGUCAUAGAUUAGUGGCAGUUGCUGCGGCAGCUCGAAACUUAUCGCUCGAUUGCAGAUUGUUUCUCGGCUGCCAGGACGGCGCCGCAAAGUAUGCAGCACCAAGUAGUCGCAAGUUGGCCCCUCUUCCUUCGCUCCGUCCUUUCCUUCUUAAGCCCCAUAUCAUGGCAUUUUCCAAUUAGAACUGCCUUUUGGCCUGGCCAAGAGGCGAACGGUUGCGGUGCGGGACGGGGUGGGUUGAAGCGGGACUGGUGCCAAACAUGCGUGGCACGUGAGCUGCAAAGGUAAAAACUUCUUGUUUCCAUGUGCGUGUGUGUGCAUGUAAACUACAAAAUCGUGCAAAAAAGGUGGCAUUAAAAAGGCAAAAGGAGGCAAAAAAAAAUUAAAAAAAACCAACAGCCACCCAACAUACCAAUGAGAAUUUUAAAAGAACAUCGAGUUGUGCAUACCCUAGCGGACCUGUUCAAACAUUUAUGUGGGCACAAAACCAAACAAAAAAUAUAAUUCUAGCAGAAGGGUCACUUAUUGGAUUUGCAAAUUAAGAAGGAGAAACGUGGGUGCGCUGUGCUGUUGCGGUCGUGGAUGAUGCGGCUGGAGCUGGCGGUGCCAGGAGCACAGUUCCCGGGCCAUAAUUGUCGGUUGAAUGACUCUCGAUGCGAUAGCAAUAACAGCAAGAACAGCAAUAACAGCAAUAAACAAAAUCAGCUGCUCCGGCAACCAUAAUAUUCAUCACGCUCGCUCCAUUUGACGGCGAGGAGGAACAGCACCGGAACAGCGACAACGAACAAUUGCCAACAGCACCACCGCUAAAUUUUGGACACAAUCAUAAAUGCGACAUGUUAGCAAGGGCAAAGCGAACGGAAAACACACUACAGGAACAACAACUAUCGUCAGCAACAUUUAAUAAAACUACAAAGAGAAAAGAGCGACCGUCGGGAGCGGAUUUAGCUGGGAGAAAAUAUGGUUCUCAGCACCGAGUGGUCGCAGGUGGAGGUCAUCGAUCUGAUCAACGAUGGCAACGGCUUGGGCUUCAUCCUCGUGGGCGGUCGCAGUACCGGUGUGGUGAUCAAGGCCCUUACGCCCGGGGGCGUGGCCGAGCGGGACGGCCGACUGCAGCUGGGCGAUCAUCUCCUGCAGAUCGGCGAGGUCAAUCUGCGGGGCUUCAGCUCGGAGCAGGUGGCAACAGUUCUUCGUCAGACCGGAGCUCAGGUGCGUCUGAUAGUGGCGCGGCCGGUGGAGCCGACGGCCAUCGAUUACCAAACGCUGGCCUGUCAGGCGCCGAUUAUACCAACUAAGCUCCUCUCCGACCCGGAAGAACUGUCGCGUCAUCUCUUCCAGAAUCCGAGUUUUGCAACUGCUGCCGCCGCCGCAGCAGCAGCGGCAGCAGCAGCGGGCUCCGGCAGCGGCGGGGACGGUGGCGGCGGCGUCUUGGAUGUGGCCAGCUUGGUGGGUCUGGUGCGCGGCGGUCCCGCCGAGGGCUCGGAACUGUCUGCAGUGGAGCCGCAACCAAGUGCGUUGCUACAGCUUCAACAACUGUCCGAGCUGGCCGGCGACUUGGCUGACUUCCCACUGCCUCCGAUUCCGGGUGGUGGGGGCCACUCGUUGCUCACGGACUCGAAUGCUGGCCAACGCCCCUGCCCGCGUCUGGAUCUGGAUAUAGUGCCCUUCUCGAUACUAUCGCCACCGCCACGUCCCGCCCUGCAGAUGCUGCCCCUGGAGACCCAAUGGCGAUGCGUUCAGGAUCAGAACCAGCACAUAGAGACUGUGAUAGCCGACAGCAAACACAAGCUGUUGGCCAACGAAGAUGGCGGAUCCGGCUGGGGCUCGGGUUCCGGUUCCCCUGACUCCUACAUGGACUCCCCGGAAACGGAAACGUACGUGGUGGAGCUGCAUAAGAAUGUCUACGGCCUGGGAAUCACGGUGGCCGGAUAUGUCUGCGAGGAGGAGGAUCUAUCCGGGAUUUUUGUGAAGAGCAUAAUUGAGGGGAGUGCCGCGGAAACAAGUGGUCAGAUCCAGAUCAACGAUCGCAUUGUGGCCGUGGAUGGCAGAAACCUAUCCGGGGUUACCAACCAUCAGGCGGUGGAACUCCUCAGGAAUACAGACAUAGUGGUUCAUCUGACUCUAGAACGAUUCCUCCGAGGCAGAAAAUACGAGCACUUGCAAGUGGCCCUCACCGAAAUCAAAGGAACAUCGGCUCCCUCUGGCCUGGAUAGGAAUCAAGAUAAGGACCAGGACCAGGAGUCACAGAUCUCCAUGCCUGGGUCCCCGUCGAUAGCCACGUUGAGUUGGCUGCCACCCAAGUCACUGGAUGCCGAUUCCAUAGCCACCGAAGGCGACGAGGCCGUGGAGGCGGAGUAUGUCGGCACUUCGGGAGCCGAGGAUGAGUUCAUUGAGCUCCCCUCCCGGGACACCGUGGACUCAAACAUGUCGCACGUGCUGGACCGCAGUGAUCACAGUGCAGGCGUCACCAAAGAUCAGGCGCCCAUGAGCAGUCCGACUGCUCCGCUAACUAAUGGGCGGAGCCUCAUCCUGGCCGACGACAGUGGCAAUGACACCGAUGAGCAGUGUCCUGAGCCGGAAACGGAAACGGCACAGGCCCGCAAAGGGUCAAAGCCGGAGGCGGAAAGGGUCAAGCCCCUAGGGGAUACGGAACCGGAUCUCUAUCCCGAUCCCGAUCUCGAUCCCGAUCCUGAACUCGAUCCCGGCCAGAUGCCAACGCCCACGAACGAGGCACCUGUGAAAGCGGCCAGCCCGACGGCCGCCUCGCUGCGCGUGGCCUGGAAAAGUGAGUUUCCCGACAGUGAAAUUUUAGUUGCCGAAAUAAAUAAACUUUCAGGUCUAGGGAUCAGUCUUGAAGGCACUGUGGACGUGGAGUGCGGCAUUGAGAAGCGUCCGCAUCACUAUAUACGCUCGAUACUGGCCGACGGGCCGGUGGGUCGCCAAGGCAUCUUGCGGCCGGGAGAUGAGCUCCUCCAGGUGAACGAGCACAAGCUCCAGGGAUUGCGACACAUCGAGGUGGUUAAGAUCCUCAAGGAACUGCCCGCAAGGGUUAAGUUGGUCUGCGCCCGCGGCACUCACGUUCCGUCGGUCAUAAAUACCUCGCAAAAUCCGGAGGCCUUUGAGACUCGUAGCCUCUUGCCCGGUGGCCACCAGAGUCUCCAGAAUCUGCUGAGCAAGGCCCAGUCGGAGAGCUCGCUCUACACGUCCAGCACGGCGACUUUAACGGAUGCGGGAGCAGCGGCUGGAGGAUCGGGGGGCACUGCAGGUGGAGGAGCUCGCUCCAAGUCACUAGAAAACGUUUCCGGCUUGGCUCUGUGGAGCUGCGAAGUGACCGCCGUGGAUAUAGAGAAAACGGAACAGGGCUUCGGCUUCUCCAUACUGGACUAUCAGGAUCCGAUGGACUCCGACGGCAGUGUCAUCGUUAUUCGCGGCCUGAUACGCGGUGGUGCUGCGGAGGCAACCAACGAGAUUUAUCCGGGCGAUCGCCUCAUGAGCGUCGGCGAUCGCCUGCUCCAGGGCCUCGAACUGGACGAGGCGGUGUCCAUUCUGAAGGCCAUGCCGCCUGGACUCACGCGACUGGGCAUAUGCCGCCCCCUCUCCGCCUCGGACAGCAAUAGCAACAGCAACAUAGCCUCGCCGCUGGGCGAUUCGGCCAGCACAUAGUGGCAGCCCCUUCCCGACGGUCAUCAGGAGUCGGAUAUAGAACUGGAAGCGCAAAUGGCAAGGCCACCGGAAACGGAACAGGAACUGGAGCCGUUCGCACUGUAUUUUAUGACCCUCAUAUCGGCCUUGUGAAUGCAUCACGACCAGCAGCCCCGAAUUGGAAAUCCAAAGCAACCACACAGAGAAGUCUGCGGCUCAAAUCAGCGAGUCUGGACAUUAGAACAAUUUGUACAUAAUAUAUAACCAAAUCCGCACAUUGCCCGAUUGGAUUAACUAUACACGAGUUAGUUUCGAAUUGAUGGCCCAACCCCGAACCUCGAACUCUGAACGCUGAACACUGAAUACUAAAAACGCAUAAAUAAAUAAAUUGAAAGGCACGCAACGACUCUAAAAAUAUCACAAAUUGUUGUAUCGAUAAAUUAUUAAUAACAAUUUCUGCGGACAAGCUUGAACAAAAAGCUUACAACAUCAAAUAGAGUUGAACAUCAACGGGAAUAAAACACACGAAAUUCCAAGCGAACGAAGUGUGGCGAAAUCGGAAUUUAUUCAUACACGCAAAUAUCGCAAAACAUUUUUCCAGUUUAGUAUGCAUAUGUCGAGGCCAUGAUGGCAAUAAUGAUAGCUCCCCGGUAGUUUCCACAUAUCCACCCGAAUACCCAAAUACCCGAAUAUCAGAAUAGCAUAAGAACCACUCCCCCCGCCCCGCCCACAUUAGGAAACCGCUGUAAAUAUUCCAGAGAUUAUUUUUAUUGUCCUUUUCAACUUUACGUAGCAUAAAUUUACAAUUUCUAGCUUGUAAAUCAUUUAUACAUACACAUCCUCAAGAAUUCGUGGACAUUUUUCAAACUGUAUAGGAACUGGGAGUUGCAGCAUUGCACAGAUACUUGGGAUUGGUGGCGCGUAUAAACGAUUACAUAGUAUACCUAUCAUAGAUACUGCAAAUUCUAUGCCUAUGAAUAUAAUAAUAUAUAUUUAAAAUUGACGACCAAGCAAAAGUAAAACUUUAACUUUAGUAACAAGUCAAGCCACAAACUACACAAUUAAACGAAAAACACACACAAACUGAACUAAAGUAGAUCGAAAAUAUAGACAUUGGGGAGGUGUUAAAAAGGUGAGGACUAUUUAUCACCUCUUGCUGCAUAGAGAAUAUACACAUUAAAACAAAAGCUUAUUAGUGAUACUAAUUUUAAAUGGACAAACAACAAAGAUAAUGAUUAAUGAAAGAAUAAAAAACUAUGAUUGAUAAUUCUUAGCGAACAAUAAAUAAAAUGUUUAAAUUGUUAAUACAUUUCUGUUGAUCGAUUCUUUGUUAUCAAGCUGAAUUCGACUUCAUGUGUAUAUAAAGGUAUUAAUCACAUCAACAAGAUGCUUGAGCUAUCUUAAAAUAACUGAACGAUUAGAUUAGGAUAACAACACAUGCAGUGAGUUUUAAAACUACAAUAUCUUUCAAAAAUAGUUAAUUUCAGGUACAAUUGAUUUAUCUUAAAUUUGUUUUUCUUGUUGAAAUAAAGACACACAUUUUGUAAUAUCAUUUAAAGAUAUACUUCUUUUCGGCUAAAUUUUUUGAAUGAAAUAAAUAUAUAAUUUGGAUUGAUUUUCCCAAGUUUUGUAUACUUGAGUAAUUUAAUUCGACUUGCAGUUAUAAAGCGCACUGUCUAUUCGUAUACCGAUUCACACAAAGACAUAGAGAGACAUUAAACUUAUGCACUUUGGCUUAUGAAAACUUUUAUAUUUUGCAGAUGAAAUGAGAAAAAGUUCCACGCAAGUCAAACAAAAUAAGCAGAUACAUUAUCUAUCUAUCUAUCUAUCUAUCUAUCACGCAACCACACUAACACACAGAAAAAUACCACACACACGUAUAUAUGAACACGCACAUUAAUGCAAGAAUCAUAAUAUCUGAAACAACUUACCACUAAGCAUUACAACUAAUGAAACAACUCUUUCGAGCGAAAACCAACUAGAAAAUCGACUUAAACUACACGUAACAUGAUCUAACAAUGAACCACAAUCGAAUCGAAUUGAAACACAAGAAACACGAAAUGCAACGCAUACUAAAGUUGAAAUCCAUAUGCAGUUCGGCAAAACAUAGGCUACAUUAGACACAGAGUAUGUAAAUUGACGAACGUUCAAUAAACGAAUGCGAAAAUAUAACAAAAGUAUUAAUACACG